AUGGCUGGAAAACGCAAAGAAAGAGAUCUAGUUGCCCCAGAUAUCACGGAAGAUGCGGCAGAGCGGAAACGAAUCCUGAAUAUACUUGCCCAAAGACGAUACCGACAAAGAAGGAAACAUCGAAUACAAGCCCUGGAAGCGCAGCUGAAAGGUGUGAGUCCGCAUAAUGCAGAAAUAUCGUUUCCCGGGGUCGAGAAAGAUAGAGGUGGCAUAGGUCUUCCGACGGAAGUUUUAUCUCCCUCCUCAACUCCAGCUACCUUGGAUAGGAGUAAUACUAUAACCUUAGAUUAUGAAGGCCAAGAAAUGACAGCCUCAGUGGGCCCCGAGACCUGUCCAGCUGGUACGGCUUCCGGAUUCAGCGAUAUCACUCUGGUGCCAGAGGUCUUCACCGGACCUUUCCUGCCAGCUGUACCACAUUUACUCCCCUCAGAACUACCAACGCUUGGUUCACCAUUCAUCACUGCUCUUUCUCCAAGAACCCUGGGGCAAACAUCUCUAGGUUCAUUGAUCUCCACAACUGGCGCUCCUUUGGGGGUCUCUCCAUUAUCACUAUUCCCAGGGCCAGAAAACUCAGCUCAAGGCCAUAGUGACGGCGAUGAUGUACAGUGCAAUAGUUUUUUCAGUGACCCAGAGAGCGCGUACAACAUUUCGGAUGAUCUACAAGACUACCAGUCUUCCAAUUUCACGUUUCCCGAUGAUCACUUGCUCCAAGUUCCCUCCCUUACCCUUCUGAGUGCGGCGGUUAGGGUAGCUCAGAGGCUAGGCAUCGGAGAUUGCCUCUGGGAUAUUGCUGCGGUGAGUCCAUUUCACAGGCCACGGGUUUACACUCAACCUUCUACUUCUUCGCCGCCAUGCUCGCUGCCUCCUUCAUCGACCUCUUCUACUAUACAGACAUCAGACCCAAGUCAAACCAGCGACGGAGGGGAUACUAAUAACAUUGACCCGGAGACGUUGCCUGAGCAUCUACGGCCAACCAGAACUCAAGUUCUUAUCUCACAUCACCCCAUUCUCGAUCUCCUCCCCUGGCCUACUGUCCGGGAUAAAUUGAUCCAAGUGUUUAACCUCCCUGUCAAUCUACGUCCAAAGUCAGCUCAGGAUCCGAUGGGACUUGUACGGCUGGUAUAUGAUAUGGAAGAUGUCGGAGGAGAAGGAAUCCGAGUUCACAGUAGCGAUCCAUUCGAGGUGGCUGGUUGGGAAAUUGGACAACUGAUGUUUGAAAGGUGGUGGUGGGCCUUUGAGACAGACACUGUGGAGAGAAGUAACCGCGGAAGAAGAGAGAGAGGCGAGAAAUGCCUAGAGUUGUCAUGAACUAAUGCAAUUCUGAGUAUGUCGAAACAAGCAGAGGUUGAUCUUGCUUUCAUAAUUAAAAUUAAUGGUUUUUGGACCUUACGUGCCUGGUUGUUUCAUUGCAUGCUUUGAACAUUGAUUCCCACGAAAAUUGGAGGGCAUGAGAACUGUCUAUCUUCUAU